GGGCGGGGCAGGCCGGGGGGAGGCCGGAGCAGCGCGGUGGCUGAUGUCUUAAGAGCCACUUUUUCUGUCAAAUCCAUAUCAGAGGUGUAUGGGACACUUCUGUUGAGUGUAAUCUCAAGAAUCUUUCAAGACCUGCAGCAAAACAAAACGAAAAAACAAGUCUGCAAAAAAAGACACCUUCAGAGCAAAAAUGAGCUUUGAGAGGGCCUACAAUACCUCUAACAUCAGCAGUGGCACAGAUCUAGCUAUUGGAUUUACCUCUUCCACAGUAGCUGUUCUUCUAUUUGGGACAAAUUUUGUGCCAGUUAAAAAAUAUGAUACUGGUGAUGGAAUGUUCUUCCAAUGGAUUCUCUGUGCUUCCAUAUGGAUAAUUUCUUUGGUGGUCAAUUUAAUCCAGAAUUGUCCCCAGUUUUGGCCUUUGGCUAUGGUAGGAGGUUUCCUGUGGGCUACAGGCAACAUCACAGUUGUCCCUAUUAUUAAAACCAUAGGCUUAGCUCUUGGUCUUUUGAUAUGGGCUUCUUUUAAUUUGCUGACAGGCUGGGCAAGUUCCAGAUUUGGGUGGUUUGGAAUUGACCCAGAAGAGGUAGCAAGACCAGCCUUAAAUUAUAUUGGAGCUGGACUUUCACUAUUAAGUGCUGUCAUAUUUUUUUUUAUAAAAACUGAAGUCCAAACUUCUUCAGCUUCGUUAGAAAGCACACCAUUGCUGAGAGAAUGUUCUGUUAAUGCUUCUGAAGAUACCUCUGAUGUCUCAUGGGUGACCAAUCUUUCUCCAGUAAAAAAAAGAUUUGUGGGAUGUAGCCUAGCUGUAGUAGCUGGAAUACUCUACGGUACCAGUUUUGUACCAGUACUUUACAUCAAGGACCAUGGAAGAAGAAAUGAAACUAUAUAUGCAAGAGCGAGUCAAUUUGAUUUAGAUUAUGUUUUUGCACACUUCAGUGGAAUAUUUCUUACAAGUACUAUCUACUUUUUGAUCUACUGUGCAGUCAGGAAAAAUAAACCUGAUGUUUAUCCCCAAGCCAUACUACCAGGGUUUGUUUCUGGUAUGCUUUGGGCAAUAGCCAAUUGCUGCUGGUUCAUCGCCAAUCACUAUCUCAGUGCUGUAGUCAGCUUUCCAAUAAUUACUGCAGGUCCUGGCCUUAUUGCUGCAAUGUGGGGAGUCCUUGUAUUUAAAGAAAUCAAGGGCCUGAAAAACUACAUAUUACUCUCAGUAGCCUUUUGCAUCAUUUUGGCUGGAUCGCUCUCCACAGCUUUUUCUAAAGUUUGAAGAAGAUCUUCUUACCAGUAGAUGGUGCUACUGUCUUGUAUAAUCAAAAGCACAGCUGUAUACAUCAAUGAUUAUUUGCAAAAUGCAUGUCCAACAUUUAUCAUAACUUUCUUCAGGGAAGUAAAAGAAAGACAACAAAAACCUUUGGCAUGAAAGAAAAUGUGGAAAUGUUUAUUUCUACAUUUCAAGGAUAUCAAAGGAUCUUAUUAAAUAAAGCCAAAUGAUUUUUAUAGUUACUGAUUCUGCUGGUUUAGGUAUGAAACUUGCAUCAUCAUAAAUUGCAGUUCACUGCUCUGAUGGUGGAGAGUCAGUAUUCUGUAUGUGUUUACUAAUUCAUCCUAUUCCAAUGCUCUGUCUUACUGAUUUGACUGUAUUAUGUCUUGAAAUAUUUAUGUUUUGGAACUGAUUCAAAGAUGUAUAACAAGUUUUUUAUUUAGAGUCAUUAUUCUUUAAAGAUACUAAUUCAUAUAAAAAUCUUCCAAUCACUGCAGAAUUUUGAAGAAAAUGCAGGAAAAAAAAAAUGGUGCUGAAAAAUAAACUAGUGCUUGCUGCUAAUCUCUUUGUUUAAAUGCCAUAACAUUAUGUAGAAAUCACAACCAUUAUAUGAAUAGUUGGGGUUUUUACUGAACUCUUGUUGAGUGGACUAAAUCUGACUAGAAAAACGCAACACUGAGACUGCAGUCUUAGAAAAAAACAUGAAGAGCAGCAGCGUGAUUAUGUUUUUCAUCUACUUUAUAAGCUGUAUUCAUGGAUACACAUGAUAACAUGACGUACUUUAGUACCACAGCUUGAAAUCUGUAGCAUGUUGAGAUUUCAUUGUAAUUUCAUUAAAGUUUUAGUCUGGAAACAUCAUAGAAUGGAUGGGGUUGAAAGGAACCUUAAAGAUUACCUAGUUCUCACUGCUGUGUGACCAAUCCCCCGCUGUGCUAGCAAUAAACAAGCAGCACUGCUUGAACUGGGGGACCUGGUUUACCUCUAACCUUGACCAACUGUUUCCUAUCUUCACUACAUGAGGUGCUGUAGGCAUUGUCUGUUUCUGCAGAAUCCACUUUUGUUUGAUGCUAUGAAUAUCCUGAGUGGAGGUGUCUUGGGUUCUUCAGACUUUUGCUUUCUCUUGAGGGAUGCUUGUAAGUUCAGGUGUGGUAUGGGCCCAGCAUUUUCCUACCAGAUUGGAUUGUAGGAAACAUUUGAAUCUGCUAGGGAAGGAGCACCUUUACACUUCCUCAUUUCUGAAGCAUUAUUCGGCUUUCUGGAACAAACCCACAGCAAUUGUAUAUAAAUUGUAUUGUAAAGCUAUGAGAGGUGACAACUUAAUUGCUUAUUGUUAGGGCAUUAAUUACAAUUCUUGUUUGGGAAGACUCAAAUAUUAACUUAGUUAAAUGUUUUUUAGCACAUUCCUUAUUGGAUUUGUCUUUUUGCCUUGCCAAUAGGAAAAUAAAUAAAAAAAUGAACAAACCACCA